GGUUACACGAGACACUAGGUAUACAGAGAGUAAUGUGGACAAGUACGAUGGUCAAGGUAGAUCCUUUGCCCAAGGUAGAAACCACAGUAGAAAUGGGGAGAGGAUCCCAAGCCAAAAGAACGUGGACGAGAGCAGAUCUAAGAUCAGCACGUCAGUCAGCCAAGUUCAACUAAUGGUCGGCGAAGUCAGAGAGACACAGCAGGGAGCAUAAUCAUUGAUGACAGAGUAGUUGUUCUUCCAGAAGCAGAUGAUGGUACGCCUCAGAGUCUUCACCAAAUGUUUUACGCAUUCCUGGCUUGAGGUCCCCGAGUUUUGCCACCAGUUCGCGAAGAAGAAAUUGCUUCUGUCGAUAGUUUUUGGGCUGAGUUAUUUCGUCUUAGGCGGAUCGCAUGAUCUGGACAAGUUGAUAGGACAUAACGAGUUCUAUUUCACGCUUGAGCAUGAGGCGUUCGAUUUCGUUGGCAACUUGGUCGUAUUCUCUGCGUUGUGUGGGGUCCAUUGUUUUGAUGUGAGAAUAUAUCGCCUCACUGGGGUAUGGCAUAGAUUUGAGGUAGAAGAAAUGAAAGGGCGUGAUAAAGGCUGUGGUAAGUAAAGGUUGUGGUGGUAGAGGUUCAAACCGUAUUUGAAACUCCGAUGCUG